GAAGCGGUGUUACAGCCGCGGAGCAUGUUAGCAGCUAAGCUAACUCCGGGCACAGUGAGCGGACCCUGCGCAGCUGCUGACCAGCCGCCAGGAUGUCCAGAUACGGAGGAGGUAACCAUAGAUAUGUUUUUUUUAAUUUAACACAAAGAGGUUAUACAGGGUGUUAACUGAGAAUGAUCACCAUAGAUAUGUAUAGAAACAUAGAUAUAUACAAACACUAGAUGGCUCAUGAGCGCUGUCAGCCUAUGGAGAGCGACGUCGCCACAUGGCGGCCAUCUUGGGACAGGGCUGCUCGAUCACUCAUAACAUUAAAGUCAAUGGAGCAUGGAUUUUAAAAUCACUGUAGAUUGAUCAAUUUUCAACCGAUUUUACAACAGCUUGGUUUGUUAUAAACGUCAGAGAUGUACUUCUUUUACUGCUUACUUAAGAAUAAUUAAAACCAUUGAAUUCAUAUAAAACUUACAUUAAGUAGAUAGGUAAUAAAGAAAUAGCUAUACACAGAUAUUAUACUGUCAAUCUUUAAUAUUUACAAUAUUCAAAUAGACAAAAUAAAUAAAUGAUGAACAAAUAAGAAAAAAGAAAUGCUAAAAUGAAAAAAUAAUGACAUUUGAACAAAAAGAAAGAAAGAAAGAAAACUAAUAACAGGGUUCCCACUCUUCAAUAAAUCAUUUUCCGGGAUUUUUGCAGUGUCCCAUAACCAACUGAAGUUACAACAAUGGAGAGGGCAAUUUUUAAGUUAAUCUCGCCUUCUUAAAAAAACAAGAUUAAAGGUUGAUGACCAACAUCUCUAACUAGCUGCACAGUAUCAUGUUAAGCUUUUUAAUUUAUUUAUUUCUAAAUCUCAGGCAUGAAAAUUGUCUGCUAGCUGUCUUUUUAGUCAAAGGUUAUUUAGUGUCGUACUAUUCUUAAUUUAUGGUUUAUACUUAUAUUGUAAUCUUCAGAAUUUUAUCCUGCUGGUUUGAGGACUGCAGAGGACCUUCCACUUCUCUAAACUUCAGGCUGCCACUGCAAAAAAAUAAAAAAUGAACACAGAUAUCAUCUUUUUUCAGCAUAAAUGGAUGUAAAUGUAAUUUUAUUAUUUAGCAUUGCACUUCUUUAUUACUAUCAGUUUUCUAAUGCACAGAUAAAAACAAAGCUCAACCAAAAUCAAUGCACAACAAACAGAGAUGUUGUCUUUUCUUUUCAUGAACCCGGUGCCUACAUUACCCACAAUGCAUUUCGGCUGCAGGCUAACUAAUCCAGGCAUAGAUGUAUACAAACAAUAAGUCUAAGGUCUCAAUCAGAGUCUCUUAACAAGCAAAUAAAUACAACCACAACCACAAAGAAUGUAAUUUCGCCUAAAGAUUCGGUUCUAAAAAAACGUUGGUCUCAGGAAAACCUAAGAAUUGAAAAUCAGAUUGUGUCCUCAGGCAGAAAAGACACACAACUAUGCCGCAUUUUUCAAAACGAAAAGCUGCGAUUUCGGAAUCGAGCCCAAAUCAUAGCCACGUUAAUAAAGUUUGUAAUAAACUAAACCGUUUGUAAAUCAAUCAAGAAUUGAGCGAGUUCUGAGUGUUAAAGUGAGGAAAUCAUCCACCUUACCAUUGACUACAGUACAGUGCGCCAGAGCAGUCCCCUGUCCUAAGAUGGCCGCCAAGUGACGCCGCCGCCGACUCCGUCUUGAGACAUCAAGUGUUUGUAAAUAUCUAUGUAUAGAAGGGUAGAUAGGCUACGCCCCUCAGAGUGGCGUGCCUACGGAGACACUAAGCUAGUGGGGGCAAAGUUUCAGUGUUUUCCAUUGAUGUGUACGGCACGAAAACUAAAACAAGAAGAAUGCCGGCUCACUGUGCUGCAUACAAUUACAAACUACGUCGGACGAUCAAGACAAGGAAACUUGGAUAACUUUCCACAAAUCUCAUCGUUGGAUUCUAAACAGUUCCUUUGAAGGUCUUAAAGGUUGUAGAACGUCGUUAGCCUGAAGUACCGACGACUUCUAGAACAACGCUUCUGUCAGGUCUCAAUCAAUGCCAUCAUCCUUAGAAAGCUUCUCGAUCUACUACACCCGGUCCAAAGAGGCCUGACUGCAAAAGGUCGAUGGGUUGCUCUGGAUCUCCUGCUGGAAGACCCACGGGAGGACACGCCCCCUCACACCCAGCCCCGCCCACACCAGUGACGUCACCGUGCAGCAGCAGCAGGUCUUCAGUCUGAGGAGGAACCUGCAGCAGGACGAGCAGAACAUGGCCGACUCCACCAGCAGCAGGCCUGACUCUUCAUCCUCCUCCUCAUUCAGAGACCUCACAUGCUCAGUCUUACAGCUCAUCCACUGGAGGGAACCCAAGAAGUCGGCGAUGGCGUUUGGCUUGUCGCUGCUUGUUCUGGUCUCCGUGGCAACGCUGUCUGUCAUCAGCGUGGUGUCCUACCUCAUGCUGGCCUGCCUCUGUGUCACCAUCACUUUCAGAGUUUAUAAAUCUGUGAUCCAGGCAGUUCAGAAGUCUGAGGAAGGUCACCCAUUCAGGUCUCUGCUGGAGAAGGACAUCUCGGUGUCCUCAGAGUCGGUCCGGCAGCUGGCUGAUCAGUUUCUGAUCCACCUGAACUGGUUCAGCAGCCAGACCAGGAGGCUGCUGCUGGUCCAGGACCUGGUGGACUCUCUUAAGCUGGCUGCAGCCAUGUGGGUGAUGACGUAUGUUGGAGCUGUGUUUAAUGGAGUCACCAUCCUGAUUCUUGCUGACAUCAUCUUCUUCACCACCCCACUGAUCUACAAGAAGAAGAAGACUCAGAUUGAUCGGCAGAUUGAGUUGGUUCGAUCCAGACUGGAGGAAACUCUUCAGAAGCUGCAGGACCAUCUACCUGGAGCUGUGAAGAGAACCAAAGCUGAGUGACACCUGAGCACCUGUGACUCCGCCCCCUCCUCUGAUUGGUCCAUUAGAUUCUGAAGUCUUUUAAUAAAAUCAGACAAAGUGAA